UUUCGUAUAAAAGUGUAAUAGUUUGAAUUUUCACCGUGCUUUAAUCUCAAGCAUUAUAAUAAACUUAAAAGUGUCAGUGUUUUGAGUUCAGACAGUUGUAAAGGAUAGUUUUGGAGUAGUCAGUAUAGGAAUGGCAGGUCCAGAGCUGCUGCUUGACUCCAGUAUUCGCCUGUGGGUUGUUUUGCCCAUAGUCUUCAUCACUUUCUUCGUCGGAGUUCUGCGGCAUUACGUCACUCAACUGAUUCACAAUGAGAAGAAAGUGGAUCUGCAGCAGGUGUCUGAUAGCCAGGUGUUGCUACGCAGCCGCAUUUUGAGAGAAAAUGGAAAAUAUAUUCCCAAACAGUCAUUCGCCAUGCGAAAGCACUAUUUCAAUGACCCUGAGACUGGAUUCUUCAAGAAGGUCAAAAGAAAAGUGAUGCCCAAAAACCCCAUGACCGACCCCAGCAUGUUGAUGGACAUGAUGAAAGGGAAUCUGACCAAUGUGCUGCCAAUGAUUCUGAUAGGAGGAUGGAUCAACUGGGCCUUUUCUGGUUUUGUCACAACAAAAGUUCCGUUUCCUCUGACUCUGAGAUUCAAGCCCAUGUUACAGAGAGGAAUCGAGCUGCUCUCUCUGGACGCCUCAUGGGUCAGUUCAGCUUCAUGGUAUUUUCUCAAUGUGUUUGGGCUCAGAAGCAUGUACACCCUCAUGCUUGGACAAGACAAUGCUGCAGAUCAGUCAAGAAUCAUGCAGGAUCAAAUGACGGGGGCUGCGAUGGCGAUGCCCCCUGAUCCUAAUAAAGCAUUUAAGAGCGAGUGGGAAGCCCUGGAGAUCGUGGAGCACAAAUGGGCCCUGGAGAACGUUGAAGAGGAACUCAUGUGUCAGGAUCUGAACUUCAGAGGACUCUUUAGCUAAGAUCUACAGUAAGAACAACCAUGUUCUGACGCCUGCCUGAUUGCAAACCACCUUUUGAUAUGAAACAGUGCUGUGCAUUUUGCAACCAGCUGUUAUUUCUUAACAUUAUUCAAUUGUUGA